AUGAAUGAAAACCUCAACUACUCCGCCGCUAAUGGCAUAUGGCACGGCGAGCUGCUGGACAGCCCCCUCUGCCAGAAGUGCCUUCAACUCCACGACCAUCAUGCAUGUACUCCUCUUUCCAAACCUUUUUUGGCGGACUCGGCAGACGCUUUGUCCCUCCCCCCUCGAUCCAUCAAAUCCCGUAUCACGGGAGCCCUUUCUCUCCACGAUUACCACAAGUUCCUCUCCAAGUCUGCAGACCGCAGUGGCGAUCCCGUUGAUCAUACAGGAAAGAAAUUGAAGCGAAAAACAGCUGCAUUGCAUUUGAACCGCUCUUCCCCUCUUUCCAUCUCUUAUCCUGUAUCUGUAUCGUCCGUCGCCUCGAGUCCGCCGCCUCUGUCUCCCUCCUACUCGCACAGCAUCGUCUCGCAGUGGAGUGAAGAGCCUGAGAUCGGGGAAGCCCAGACUGUUCAGUACCAAUCCGCUCAAAGCCCUCGACUACCCGUUGUCUCGGAUCUCGGGACUCGAGCUAGACCUAACAGGAAGCGAGUGUCCAAGAAUACCUUUCGUGAAAAGCUUCAACAAAGGGCCCGAGCUCAAGCAGAAGAAGCUGAGCGUGCCUCUAAACCUCAAACAUCGGACUCAAUGCUGGCCAGUACGCAGGCCGUUGCCACCGUUUCGCACGGUGGCGCCUGCUUUGAGAUCCUGAAUCCGCGCAAGUCGCUGGAUCUAGCACGCAUCGUCUCAUACAUUGAAGACGUCGAUAAUUGCUCCACGAUCUCGACGGACAACCAGCGAGACUCUACUUUCUCCAUCGAGCAAGGACUGGACCGGGUGUCCCUGUCCCAAUUCACUGAUGCCUCAUUGCCUUCAUUCUAUUCCACCAACUCGUUGUACACUUCCCUCCCAGACGAGCCCUCAACACCCAAGGGUCAGCCGACGGAUAUCCCGUCGUCCUCGCCGCGGAUCGGCGAACGGGUCCGGUCUCUAUCAGACUACUCUCUCGAUGAACAAACAUUCAACUACUGGAACCGACCUGCACAGCGCACUGAAAAUAAUGAUCUACGCAUCGACAGCCACAACGACCACCCAAGCAUCGACAGAGAGACCCCGCAAUCACCACAAAUGGCCUCCAUCACGGAAGAAUCCAACCCUCCAAAUCUAGAUUUCUCCCGGCGACCCUCAACCCCAUCAACACAAACCUUCUACUCAGAAAGCGAGAUCGGCGAGCCCGGCUCACCCGUCUACGCAAACGGCGACUGGGCCCAAGUCGACGAGCGCGACAGAGGCAUCCUAUUCGACCUACAAGAAGACGAAACAACAGACCAGCACAACCACCCGGACUACCAAUACUACCCAUACUCACAAGAACAAGAACCACCAACACCUCGCGAAACUCCGCUCGAGACACCAAGUGGUUCACCCAUGUACCCAACCUUCGACUCUGCCUACCCCUACCCAAGCUCCAUCUCCACCUCCAAACUCCCCUACUCCGCCCCCUUCGAUCCCUACACCUACGACCCGGUGUACUUCGACCCACAUGUCCAGUCUGUCCUCGCAGCCGCGAACGCUGAGACGAUGGGGUUGCGGGGGAGUCCUGCACGCGCACUGGAUGAGCUGCAGCGAGGAGCGCGCUCUGGCGAGACCAGUCCGCGGUUCGAGUUCCAGAGGAGAAAGAGUGAUGACCGGAAAUCCGGGGCGCAGAAGAAGGGGUUGAGGAAGUUCUUUAGUUGGAAGUCGUAG